AUGGCCACGAGGAUACCCCACGUGCUGGAGAGCUACCUCGCCCUCCCACCCGAAUGCGCCCAGAUCCUGCUCACCAGCGUCCUGGGCGCCAGCACCAACUGGCUCGUCCUGCGCUACCUAUACUCGUACCUCCGGAAGCCCGCCGCGGCCGACGAGGAAGCGUCGCCUGCCGAGGACAUCCGCGUCGUGCUCGUAAGCUUCAUGCGGGAUUUCGCGUUUUGGAAGGAGGGCGCUAGCAGAUUGGGCCUCGACCUCGAAGGUUUGGGGCGCAGCGGCAAGUUCGUCUUCGUCGACGGCCUGAGCAGUCUGUUCUCCCAGGGGAAGACGGCGCCAGGGCGGCCGGCCGUCAAAGGGAAGAGAGUCCUCCGCAGCGCAAAGCUUCCGGAUGUCCAGCGCGAGCUCGACGCCGCCAUCUCGGACGUGUCCGCGGCGGGCGCCAGAACGAUCCUGGUCCUCGACCAGCCGGACGUUCUCCUCGCCGCGUCCAGCGAGGACCUCGACGGCCUGUCGCUGAGGAACAUGCUGCGCGAUGUGCAGGAGAAAGUCCACGCGACUAUCACCGCCGUCGCCGCGGACGAGCCCCUCGUCGCGGCACAGGCCACGACGCUGGAGAAGGAGCAUGCGAGCCUCGUCCUCGGGCUCGCGCACGCCGCGGAGAUGGUCGUCGGCCUCAGGCUGCUGGACACGGGCAACGCGAGCGACGUCAGCGGGGUACUGAGGAUCACGGCCGGAGGGGACGCGGGCAGCAGCGGGGAAAGGGUCGUCGAGGAGACGGAGUUGCUGUACUUUGUCGGCGGGGACGGGAGCGUCAAGGUGUUUGGGAGGGGACAAUAG